CUUCCUGUGAAAGGGAAAACAACUGUCCGCACUUGUCACCUGACCCUGAAAACAAAUUAAAAGUGAAAGGCUGCUGCCCACAAUGGCCUGUUUUCUCUCAACAAAAGGCAUGUGAGUGAGUCUCUUUGAAUGGGAUGAGCCCAGUGUGUCUGACGUCCUGGGAGAGUUCCAGGAGCUGCGGAUGAAUUCCGCACGAAGGCGCUGAGGCUCCAGUCAGACUGACGCCGCUGCUCUCGGUCCAUCCAAACGCGCGCUGUACACCUCCAGUCGGCGCGAGAUUCAGCGCUCGGCUGUUUCGCGGAAUUACCCGACAACUCGGAUCGUUUUUCGAAUUGGCACAUUAAGAUAAAAACGUCUGACUGCCUGACGAAAUAUCACUGUCAGCGGGUUUAUUCUAUACCCGCCUGUAUCUUGUCUGUAGAGGAAUAAACUGAGGCUCCUGGGUUGGAGUGAUUUAAAAGAGAUCUGCCCCAAGCUUUGAGAAAAAUCCAGUCCCUGGUGUCGCCCCAUCCCAUUAUGCACUCAACCACAUCCAUCACGUCCCUCUUCUCCUUCACUAGUCCAGCUGUGAAAAGGUUGCUGGGCUGGAAACAAGGAGAUGAGGAGGAAAAGUGGGCGGAAAAAGCUGUGGAUUCCCUCGUAAAGAAGCUCAAGAAGAAGAAAGGGGCCAUGGAGGAACUGGAAAAGGCUCUGAGCUCUCCUGGCCAGCCCAGUAAAUGCGUUACCAUCCCUCGAUCCCUGGAUGGAAGGCUCCAGGUGUCCCAUCGUAAAGGUCUCCCGCAUGUUAUCUACUGCAGAGUGUGGCGCUGGCCGGAUCUUCAGUCCCACCAUGAGCUCAAAGCACUGGACUGCUGCGAGUUUCCUUUCGGCUCUAAACAAAAGGAGAUCUGCAUCAAUCCAUAUCAUUACCGCCGUGUGGAGACGCCAGUUCUACCUCCAGUCCUUGUGCCACGCCACAGUGAGUUCAAUCCCCAGCACAGCUUGUUGGCAAAGUUCCGGAAUGCUUCCCUACACAACGAGCCUCUCAUGCCCCAAAAUGCCACUUACCCAGACUCCUUCCCUGUGAUGCCCUGUAGCUCAUUCUCUUCAUCUCCCUCUAGCUCUUUAAACCAGUCCCCGACUGCACACAGUUACCCCAACUCCCCCAGCAGUGCCACCGACCCUGGGAGCCCCUUCCAAAUUACAGCAGAGACGCCUCCACCACCCUACAGUAUGAUGGAGACUGCUCCAUCUGAGGAUGUGAAACCUGGAGAGACCUCCAACCCCAACAAACUCAUUCUGUCAGCCCCACAUAGAGACUUUAGGCCAGUGUGUUACGAGGAACCAGAAUACUGGUGUUCAGUGGCGUAUUAUGAACUAAACAACAGGGUGGGUGAGACGUUCCAUGCCUCUUCCAGGAGCAUCCUUGUGGACGGCUUCACGGACCCCUCCAACAACAAGAACCGCUUCUGCCUCGGAUUACUAUCCAACGUCAACCGAAACUCCACCAUUGAACACACUCGCAGACACAUAGGCAAAGGUGUGCACUUGUAUUACGUCGGAGGGGAGGUGUAUGCAGAGUGUCUGAGUGACAGCAGUAUUUUCGUACAGAGUCGGAACUGUAACUACCAGCACGGUUUCCAUCCCACCACUGUCUGCAAGAUCCCGAGUGGAUGCAGCCUGAAGAUCUUCAACAACCAGCUGUUUGCCCAGCUGCUGUCUCAGUCGGUAAAUCAUGGCUUCGAGGUGGUGUAUGAACUUACCAAGAUGUGCACCAUCAGGAUGAGCUUUGUCAAGGGCUGGGGAGCAGAAUACCACCGUCAGGACGUCACCAGUACCCCCUGCUGGAUAGAAAUCCACCUGCACGGGCCGCUGCAGUGGCUAGACAAAGUUCUGACCCAGAUGGGCUCCCCACACAAUCCUAUUUCCUCUGUGUCCUAAUGCAUUACAGAACAAGAGGAAUAUAGUUCUCCUAUAGACAUUUAUAGCACUCCCCAAGACACAUAAUGCUCUUUCUCUUGUUAAAGUAUCUUUUCAGUGGAUUUUAUGGUACUUCUAUAGGAUCAGCCAGGAAAUAUGUACAAUAUCAUGCUGUUAAAUAAGCAGUGGUUAGAUAAAUGUUGCAUUGUUAUAUAUAUAUAUAUAUAUAUAUAAACACUACUACUUCACAGUAUGUAGUAGCUGAGAUCAAUUCAGACAGAAUCUUUCUAAUAGGAAGCCAAAGAAAUGUGUUAGUAGGAUGUUACUUGAUCUGGAAUUGUUUUAUUUAUGUCUUAUUUUGGCUCAUAUGUGCCUUUUAUAACAUUUCAUGUUGUUUUUCAUUUGCGUCAGCUUUCUUAA